CAGAUCCUGAGAAUGAGGUGGAACGCGGUAUGAGAAUGAGAUGGACUGAACUUCUAUAAAUGUCCGUUUUAUUAUUCGGAAAUGGCCUUGAAGUUGAGUUGGAUACUUUUAAUGUUUUUCUUUGCGUCGAGCUGUGAUGGCGUCGACGUGAUGGUGCGAGAGACCAAGAAGUUCGCCACGCUCUUCCAGUCGGUGGUGCUCCCGUGUCAGUAUUCCACGCCCUCCACCCAGAAGGCCGUGGUGCAGUGGUGGUACAAGUCCUACUGCGCGGACCGCACGCGCGACUCCUUCUCCUCCUUCCCCGAGUCCCUGGGCGUCCGCGCCUCCGAGCUGGGCUCCAAGUCCCACCUGGAGUGCGCCGACAGCAGCCGCACCGUCCACAUCGUGGCCUCCGGGCAGGGGGCCUCGCAGACGCUGUCGCCGCAGUACAAGGGCAGAGACAUCUCCAUCAUCAACCAGGCGGACCUGCGCAUCGGCGAGCUGCAAUGGGGAGACAGCGGCGUGUAUUACUGCAAGGUGGUCAUCGCCGACGACGUGGUGGGCCAGAACGAGGCGUAUGUGGAGCUUCUUGUAAUGGGUAGGACAGGUGAGCUGGACGAUAUCCUGCCUGAGUUUGAUAUGGAGAUAAUGCCAGAGUGGCUGUUUGUGGGGGCUGUGGUGCUGGGCAGCAUCCUCUUCCUGUUACUGGUGGGCAUCUGCUGGUGCCAGUGUUGCCCUCACUCCUGCUGCUGCUACGUACGCUGCUGCUGCUGUCCGGAAACCUGCUGCUGCCCACGCCACCUGUACGAAGCAGGGAAGAUGAUCAAGAGCACCCAGCCCACCCCCAUCCCCAUGUACGCCCCGUACUACCUGCCCGGCGUCCCCACCAUCGUCCCCCAGCCCUCCCUCUCCAUAAUCGAGUCCAAGAUGGCCUCCGUCCCCCCGUCUGUGGACCACAACGGCCCUGGAGCUGCUGGAAGUGUAUCAGAAUUAAGCUCUCUGCACGAGGGCGAUACAGAUUUCCGGCAGACCUAUCGGCAGGUGCAGAGGAAAGCUCUCCCACCAAUCAGUGACUUUGAUGACGAGCCGCGCGUCCGGACCGGAUCCAGUUCCCAUGGACACCGGUCCACACGCUACCCCAGCAACCACACGGAGGACCACCACGAUGCCAGGUGGAACCCUCGGUCGGAGCACUUGCAGAGGAAGGCCUUUGGCACCAGGGGGCGCACCGGCUCUCUGGACGAGCUGGAGGAGUUUGCCAGGUCCUACGGGGACCACGGGCGCCGCGGCGACCCCCGAGACCUCGAGCGCGACUACGACCUGGAGCUGAGGCCGCGCGACAACUACCCGACCUACCGGGCCGGCUCGCCGCCGCGCCGCUACCGGGACGACAACGACGACGCCGGCGGCGGCAGCGGGGGCUGGCACAGCCGGCACAGCCCGCCGCCGUCGCCGCGGAAGCGGCGGGACACGGCCGACAGCGAGCGCGAGCACGGGCGAGGGCCCCGCAGCAACUCGUACGACGACACGUUCCUCAACACGCUGCUGGAGCGCAAGGCGCGGGGCGGGGGCGGAGGAGGGGGGGGCGGGAGGGGGGCGCGGGGCGAGGGCGACGACAGUGACACGCCCUCCAAGGGCAGCUCCAAGAAGAGCAGCGACUGCUACUACAGCCGCUCGCCCAGCAACCGGCCGGAGGAGGACGACCCGCUGCCGCCCUACUCGGAGCUGGUGCUGGAGCGGAACCGGGCCCUCAGUCCGCCCAAGCCGCCCGAGCGCUACCGGACUGUGGACCCCAGUGCGCAGCCGUUCUCGUACACGCGGCCCGCUAACGGCCAGAGCGUGGCCCACACCUUGCAGGAGCGCCGCGAUGACCGUGACAAGUCCAGGAAAGUGAACACUCAUCUAAGCAGAGACUCUCUCAUAGUAUGACUCCACCAGAGAAGCUUGCGGGCGCAAAAGCGCCAGUCACACACAGCAGACUAACUAAGCAGCAAAUACACCAAUCUGCCUGAGAUCCAGCCGUCAGACUGACCGAGAGGAAAAUAACUGGAUAACUUACCCAGAGGACACAAGGAUUGUGUGUGUGGGUGUGGGUGUGUGUGUGUGUGUGUGUGUGUGUGUGUGCACACGCUCGCGCACAGAUGUGUGUGCGUGCAUGUGGCAAUAUACAUAAGUGUGCAUAUGCACAUGUAUUUCUGUGUAUUUACAUAUGUUACCUAACCUGACUAAGUGCCGUGUGUGUAUGUGUGUGUGUGUGUGUGUGAGAGAGAGAGAAUGGUAAGGUGUGCAACACUCCUGGCCCACUUACCAUCUCCUUGUUUUCUUGAAGUCAUGCCUUUAUGUCUCCGAAAAAAAAGGAACAAUCUAAUGAUUGGGAUUGUUUUCUUUUUCAAUGUGUACAAUUAAUGACCAUGCUGCAUCCAAUAACAGUUACAAACUGUGAGGGAGCAGUAGUCCCAGAAUGGGAUGUUACAACAAUACAUCAUUGUGUGGAGCUGCUGUGGAGCUGUUCUGUGUUGAUGGUUCCCCAGAAGCAUCACUCUUAAAACGAAUGUGUUGAAAACAACACAAGUUGUGUUAUUUUUUAACACAUCUCUGUGUCCAGAUAGGGACAACACAGUUUGUGUUGUUUCCUUUUUUAUUUGUUACACAAUAUGUGUGGAAAACUACACAACUUGGGUUGUUUUAGCACAUCUCUGUGUCCAGAUAGGGGCAACACAGUUUGUGUUGCUUCCUUUUCUAUUUGUCACACAGAAUGUGUUGAAAAUAACACAAUGUGUUAAAAACAACACAACUUGUGUUGUUUUAACACAUCUCUGUGUCCAGAUAGGGACAACACAGUUUGUGUUGUUUCCUUUUCUAUUUGUCACACAGUAUGUGUUGAAAAUAACACAAUGUGUUGAAAACAACACAAUGUGUUGAAAACAACACGACUUGUGUUGUUUAUGUAACACAUCUCUGUGUCCAGAUAGGGACAACACAUUUGUUUUAAGAGUGUACUAUGUUUAUUUCUUUGUAUGUACUGUAAGUGCACACCAUUGCCUUUUAAGUGUUCUAAAUUUGCACUAUAGUGUAGUAUUACUGAUACAGAGUUAAUCAGUUGACCCAGACGGGUUGGCAGUUCAAAAAGGUGCCAUUCUUUUGUAUGUAUUUGUAUUUCAUAAUGUUUGCCAUUAUGAUGUUUUUGAUAUAAACAUGCUGUCUAUUUUA